AUGGCAAAAACAGGAAUAUUUCCUCUUCUUUUGACUCCUCCAGUCGUACGACAAGCAAUCGCCCAGCAAGCUCAGCAAAGAAAACCUCUUCAAGAAUCACCAGCAAAUCAGAGCCAAAAAAAAGCAAAGAAACGAUCCUUCCGAAUCGACGACAUUCUGAGCGAGGAGCAAAACGCCACUCCACUCAAUGCUCUGCUGGAGCUGACUCAUAGCAACUCUUUUGGAUCGUCGGGAAAUGAGUUCUCGGCGAUUUUGGGAAAGAAUCAUCGGUCGAAAAAACGAAGAAAAAGCAGAACUGCGUUUUCAAAUUUCCAACUACAAGAGUUGGAGAAGCGAUUCGAGCAUCAGAAGUAUCUUACUCCAAGUGACAGGGACAAUGUCGCUGAUACUCUUGGACUAACUUCUACUCAGGUGAUCACAUGGUUCCAAAAUCGCCGAGCAAAGCUGAAACGGGACAAGGACGAGAGCUCACCAUCUUCGAAAUCGUCCAAAAAUCGAAAGGCGCUGGAGAGAAUCAUCAUCGACGAAGACUCUCCUCCAGCUAAAAUUGCGAAACUGCCACAAUAA